AUCAGACACGUCACCUUAGUGUGGGACAGUGAGCCUGACGCUCAGACACCGAGCCUGCGUGUUAGACACACAGUGUGACGUGACAUACGGGACCUGUUAUGCGAGUAGUGUGACGUGCGACAUGGAGCCUAAGUGUUAGCCACACAGUGUGACGUGAGACAUGGAGCCUAAGUGUUAGCCACACAGUGUGACGUGAGACAUGGAGCCUAAGUGUUAGCCACACAGUGUGACGUGCGACAUGGAGCCUAAGUGUUAGCCACACAGUGUGACGUGAGACAUGGAGCCUGAGUGUUAGACAUGGAGCCUACGUGCUAGCCCCACAGUGUGACGUGACAUACGGGGCCCGUUAUGCGAGUAGUGUGACGUGCGACAUGGAGCCUACGUGCUAGCCCCAAGGUGUGACGUGACAUACGGGGCCCGUUGUGCGCGCGGCGUGACGUGAGAUACGGCGCCUAACAAGCAGACAAGACGGCGCAGGCGCAGGGAAGAGUUGCUGCCGGCGGUGCAGUAGCAGCGCGUGAGGCGGCGGGCGCCGUCUGGCGGUCGGUGGUGUCGCUGCGCGUGUGAGUCAGACGGUAACACCAGUCACUUCCUGUCCUCUACAUGCGAUGUGCGGAAAAACUAACUUGUGCUUGCCGCGAAACUUUGGUGGAGAUUCCAGGAACUGUCACGUGACGUCACUAGUGCGGACUGCUGACGUGGAGGUCAAGCACGAUGACGUAUGGUCACCCGUCCCACCCGCUUCUUUGUUUUCUCUCCGUUAUCUUCUUCCUCUCCUCGUCACCGGUCUCCGGGCACCCGGACACCCUGGCAUCCACCCCGCCUGCUUCCCCCCGACACACCAGUCGCAUCCCACCUGUAACCAUGACAACGACCCCACGGCCGGAUGCUAACCUGCCCGAGGCCGCAGCAGCGACAUCUGCCGUCCCCGCCAUCACGCAGAGGGCGCCACUAGACGGCGAGUUCGACUGUCCCCGGGGAGUGUGCCAGUGCUACUUGCUGAUGCCCCAGAACCAAGUCUGGCUGAACUGCACUUUGCCGAGUCUCGACAACUCCGCCGAGCAGCGGGCCACACUGCGUGACAUUCCAGUCACGCGCUCCGCUUUCAUGACGCUGACGUGUGAACAGUCUGACCCCCCUCAGCGGAGCUACCUGUCUGACGGCAUGUUCUCGCACCUGUCGCAGCUGGUGCAGCUGGAUCUCAUCGAUUGUCGCUUCCACGACUUACCUCGUCACGCCUUCCGCGGCCUGAGCAGCCUGGAGGUGCUGCACAUCAAAGGCGCCAACCUCAUUGGACAGGUGCACCCGGACUUCGCGGCGCCGUUGGGCAAGCUGCGCGCGCUGCAGGUGAUCGAGAGUAACGUGCACCAACUUCCUGCGUUGUGCGACCUGCAGCGCAUGCGCACUCUUAAUCUUUCUUACAACCACCUGCAGCAUCUGCAUCAGGCCGGCGUCAUGUGCCGCAGCUCACCGUUUCUGGCGUUAGAGCUGUUCGACGUCAGCAACAACAACCUCUCCACCCUGCCGGACUGGGCACCUGAAAGCUUCCCCCACCUGCUGCGACUGUCCGCCGCCCACAACGCCAUCCCCGCCCUGGAGGUGCACGUCUGUGAUGAGUUGUCGAAACUGAUGUUUCUGGAUCUGACCUACAACGCGCUCCGGGACGUCAGCAGCCUGAACGUAGCCAACUGCUCCAACCUCAGGGUACUGAGACUGGGAGGCAACUUGAUAGGCCAGCUACCUGCUCGGGUGUUCAACAACAUGCAUAUGCUCCAACAGUUGUCGCUGUUCAGCAUGGGUCUUGACGACAACGUCUGGGACAGAAUUUCCGUCCUGACCUACCUGGAUGAGCUGGAGCUUCAAGACAACUCUCUCAUCACCAUCCCACCCGGGGUCAUGCAGGAGUUUACCAACCUUCAGUACCUCAAUCUGUCUUCUAACCGGAUUCGCAUUCUGCCCAAAAAAGCCUUCAUCUGGCAGUACAAGCUGACGUCACUCGAUCUGUCCUCCAACGGCAUGACUGAGCUCCCUCGCCAGGCGUUCAGCAGCAACCUCCACAGCCUGCAGGUGCUGAACCUGGCCAACAACAGCCUGUCCUACAUCGAGCAGACGACGUUCUCCGGUCUCAGGGCUCUGAAGUGGCUGAACUGUAGCCACAACCACCUCAAGAGCGUGCCUGACGAGGCCUUCUCUGGCUUGUCGCAGCUGCAGGUGUUGGACUUCAGCCGUAACCAGGUGCGCUCCCUCGGUGUCGAGGCCUUUGGUCACGUGACUGCACUGACUCACGUACUGCUGGCUCACAACCAGCUGCAAGCGGCUCCCCUUAUGUCGGGGUUGACCAAGCUGCUGGAGGUGGAUCUCAGCUUUAAUAACCUGACAUCACUUCCGCCCACAAUGUUCACGAGCCUGCCGGAGCUCGUGGCGGUGAACUUACGUGGCAACAGUCUGCAGACGCUUUCCCCCAAGACUUUCCACGACUGCGUCAACCUGAAGUGGCUGGACCUGUCGCACAACCAGCUUCGCGAGAUCUCCUAUCUCCACUUCUUUAAUGUCUUGCGCCUGGAGUACCUGGACCUUAGCUUCAACCGCCUGCAGGCCAUCAGCUCAGUAUUCCGCUCCAUCAAACCUCGCGCACUGCUGCUGGCCGGCAACAACCUCGUCAGCCUCUUCCGCGGAGACGUGCCUUUGACUGUGGAGGUGCUGGACCUGUCCAGAAACCGCAUCUCUCAGAUCUCACCCUUCACAUUCAGCAGUCUCGCCAGCAUUGCCGUCGUCAAUCUGACGUUCAACGAGCUGACGUCGUUGUCAGCCAACAACAUGGAGAUUAGCUACACUCAUGCAGUGACCUCGCAGCCCGUCUUUUACCUGAGGGGCAACCCGCUCAGGUGUGACUGCUCCCUCGGCUGGUUGAAAGACUGGAGCUUGGGAAGGUUGCCUAGCAACGUGCUGCCGCUGCCCAAGUUUGAUGACUUGGACCUGUUGCAUUGCCACUCGACCUACCCCGGGAGUAACGUCAGCUCCACGGUGGAGGAGACAGAUCGCGGUCAGUUCAUCUGCACCUACAACCGCAAGUGUGGGGAGGGUUGUGUGUGUUGCGGCUUCGAUGCUUGCUACUGUAGCAGCGUGUGUCCCGACAGGUGUCGGUGCUACAUCGGUGACAACCGCUACAUAGUCAACCGCAUCGACUGCUCCAACUCGGAUCUGAUGGCACUGCCAGACCUCAUUCCCGAGGCGGCGACGGAACUGCUGCUGGAUGGCAACGCGCUGGGCACGCUGGAGGCCAUGUCGUUCCUGGGCCACGGUCAUGUACUGGUCUUGCGCCUCAACCACAGCGACAUCCACGCCAUAGAGAACAACACCUUUCGCGGGCUCAGCAGCCUCAAGGAGCUGCACCUCCAUCACAACUUUCUGACGGUCAUCUACGUGGCUACCUUCAGGGACCUGGACAAGAUGGAGGUCCUCCUUCUUCAGGACAACGAGAUCGCCUACAUCGAGGAGGGGACGUUUGCUCACAUGGACAACCUGCGAGUCCUUAACUUGGAGAGAAAUCUGCUGGUCUUCCUGUUAUUCAGUGACGUAGCCACCAGCAGCUCGCUUACGUCACUCCUGCUGAAAGACAAUCCCUGGGCAUGCGCGCCAAACUUCACUUGCCAAUUCGUCGACCUUGUCUUUAACCGCUCCGUCAUAAAGGACAUAGAGCAAGUCACGUGCUACUUCCCUGCCCCCGGGGACAAGCGCGCCAACGGAACACUGAUCUUGUCGCUGUCGCCGGGUGAGUGCACAGAGAACGUCACGGUUCCGGCAAACGUCACCAGCUACAGCGUGCAGCGCGUGGCUGGCGAGCAGCGGCUGUCCGAGAUCCUCGUGGUGGCGGCGCUGUCAGCGGGCCUCCUGCUGGCGCUGCUCGCUGUCUACGUGAACCGCCAUCUCCUGCAGGUCUGGUGCUUCACCAGGUUCGGCUGGCGCGUCUUCAAAAUGGCGCCGGGCCACGAAGACCGUAACCGCCCGUACGACGCCUUCGUGUCCUACAGCAACCUGGACGAGGAGUUCAUCGUGCAGCAGCUAGCGCCACGCCUGGAGAACGGCUACAAGCGCUUCCGCCUGUGUCUGCACUAUCGCGACUUUCCUGUCGGGGCUUCCAUCGCCGAGACCAUCGUCAAGAGCGUGGAGAGCAGCAAGCGGACCAUCAUCUUGGUCUCCAACAACUUCCUGGACAGCGAGUGGUGCAAGUUCGAGUUCCAGACGGCGCACCAGCAGGUGCUGACCGAGCGCCGCAAUCGUGUCAUCCUCAUCCUGCUGGAGGACGUGGAAGACGCCAAGCUGGACCAGACGCUCAAGCUGUACAUGCGCACGCGCACCUACCUGCGCUACGACGACCCCUGGUUCUGGGAGAAGCUCGUCUUCGCCAUGCCCGACAAGAAGGCUGAGAAGUUCCAGCGUCUGCCCAGCUCACGUGACCUGGCGUACAUGUCGCGUGUGGGUCGCGCUUGUGAAUGCGAUAGCAGCCCCAGCCCCAACCACACCGCCAGCCUUACCACCAGCUUAAAUGUCAACCCCGCCUUCGUCAACGGCCACGUCACCAUGGUGACGGAUAUGAUCCCUAACGACAUGUACGAGGUGCCGGUGGCCAGCUCGGGCAGCUACGAUGUGCUGAACGGCAGCCUGUCGGUGUCCAGCUCCAUCUACAACGCCUCGCUCAGCGCAGGCUCCGGGCACUACGAGGAGGUGACACCGCGCGCGCUGGCCAUGCGACCCGUCAUCAGCAACCUCGACAACGUCAAGCCCCCGCCCCUGCCCCCGCUGCCCAAGAAAGGACUUUUGUCGCACGAGGCGCUCAUCGCGGGGUCUCUAGGCUCUCGCGAGACUGUCUCCAGCCGAGAGGAGAACUGGGUGUGCUCAGCGAAGUCUACCAACGUGUCUACAACUGUGUCUACCAAUGUGUCUACCAAUGUGUCUACAACUGUGUCUACCAAUGUGUCUACCAAUGUGUCUACAACUGUGUCUACCAAUGUGUCUACAACUGUGUCUACCAAUGUGUCUACCAAUGUGUCUACCAAUGUGUCUACAACUGUGUCUACCAAUGUGUCUACCAAUGUGUCUACAACUGUGUCUACCAAUGUGUCUAAAAAUGUCGCCAUGCCUCAGGGGUCGAGGCCAUGGAAGGAACGGUUUCUAGACAAGAUGAGGAUUUGUCGGACUUUGGUGGUCAGCGUCGCCACGCUACUGUCCCUCGUCCUUGUGACGCCCAUGACCCCCGGCACCUGCCCCCUGCCCCCCGCCUGCACGUGCCACAGCCCCAGCGGCGACUACGACAGUUGCUACGUCACAACGGUGGACGUUUCAGACAACACCAUCAGUGCCCUGCCAUCUGAGACAACGUCACUUCAACUGAUUUGUUCAGAGUCCCAGUUUCUGAGUCACCUCAUCUGGGGGCUCUUCAGUCAUCUGCCUCGGCUUCGACGCUUGUCCAUGAGCAGCUGUCAGUUCGCAACCGUGCAGUCACGUGUCUUUCAGCACCUGCUUGUCUUGGAGUCGCUGGACAUUGUGGACUGCCGCUUUCUACAACCAUUGCCCGCGGACCUUGUCACCACCCUCCCUCGCUUGUCCUCUUUGUCGUUCAGGAGCAGUAGCCUGCACCAACUGCCCUCCUUUUGUGGACUGUCGCAGCUGGCUGUGCUCAAUGUGUCGCACCAGGCGCUGCCUAUGCUAGAACAGUCUGUCGCACAGUGUGACGACACCUUCAGGCUUCAAAGCCUGGUAGUUCUCGACAUCACCAACGCCUCUCUCGCGAUCUUCCCCGAAAAUCUGAUUAGAAGAGCACCAAACCUUCGAGAACUGCACUGUGGCUGGAACCAGAUACAAGUGGUUUCUCUACCAGAAGGUGUCCUGACACAGCUGGAAGCGCUGGACCUGUACGGAAACCAGCUGCACAGCGUGGACUUCCUGACAAAAUUACCUUUGACCCAAAUGAGAGUUCUCCGUCUCCAGGGAGACGGCAGAGUUGCGAUGCCUGUGGACACCGUGUGGCAGUUACAAAAUGUGUCGAACCUGACAUUGGCCAACCUGGACAUCGACGACAGCGUGUGGCCCGAGUUGUCUGCUCUCACCAGGCUGGAGAGUCUGGGCCUCGCCAACAACCGACUGACCACCUUCAACCUCACCUCAAGCGUGCGCGCGCAGCUGCUGCAGCUAGACCUGGCCGCCAAUUCCAUUGACCGCAUAGACGACGUGACCUUUGCUGACAUGCCCGCCCUGCGCGACCUUAACCUUUCCGGAAACUCCAUCAGCAGGCUGUUCAACAACGCCUUCAGUCACCUCACCUCCCUCUCUCACCUCAGCCUGCAGACCAACAAUCUGACCUUCAUCUCCUCAGAGGCUUUCCGUAGCUUACCCCACCUGCAGGUGCUGCACCUGGACAACAACUCGCUGACGUCACUGUCGCCGUUCGCGCUAAGAAACAUGACGUCACUCAUAGAGUUCCACGUCAGCGGAAACAGGUUGACCUUCUUGCCCAACUUCUGGGACCUCCCCUCCCUGGUCUUGGUCAACGCCAACGACAACCUGCUGACACAGUUGUUCUGGAAUGUGUUUAGAGGGGCCCGCAAGCUGGAGUUCCUUUUCUUGAGAAACAAUCGUCUCAGACUCGUCAGUAGUUUCUACGGAGACUUGCCGGACCUGCUGGUUGUGGAUUUACGGAACAACGGAAUUGAAAACAUAGCGUUGGGAGCAUUUGAUAACCUCCCUUCCCUCUCGAUGGUGCGCUUAGAGAACAACCUGCUCAGCCAAAUGGGCUUGGUCUUCAACCGUAUGAAGUCACUGCAGUCGCUGUCGCUGGACAAUAACAGCCUGUCGCAGCUGACCAUCAACAUGUUUCCAGAGUCAGUGAAGUAUAUCACUGUCAGCGGCAACCACCUUUCUUACAUCGAGCCUGGACUGUUGCUAAAUCUUCCGCAUCUGAGGAGCAUCAUGUUGAGCGCCAACUGGGACCUGGUGACAGUGGACAUCACACAGAUGCAAGUGCCGCCCACGCUGCUACCCAAGCCGGUGGUUCUCCUGGGCCCAAACCACUUUGACUGCGACUGUCGACUGGGAUACGUCAAGGCUUGGGCUCAGUACAGGCAGUCAGUGACAGUCCUUCGCCAACAUCUGCCGGACUUUCAGCACCUGGAGACCUUGUUCUGCUCCACUUACUUGGGAGGCGUUGGGGUGCCCUUCCAUGACGUGCCCCUCGAGGAGUUCGUGUGCCCCUACAAAACACCAAUAUGUUACGGCUCGUGUCCUUGCUGUACUGCUUCAUCGGAAACAACGCCCUUUGACCCCAUGUGCUCGUGCGUUCUCACGUGCCCGGAUAACUGCACGUGCUUCACAGGAGGGUCAGAGUAUGUCCGCCUUUACAACCACGUGAUAUGUACUUCGAGGGUCCUGGCUUCAGUUCCGGAGGGCAUACCCUCCCAAACGACCCACCUGAGACUGGACGGCAACAAUUUUGGGACCCUGAAAAACGACUCGCUGUCUGGCCUGGACCACACCCUCGUCCUUUACCUCAACGACAGCCGCCUGCACGAGGUGCAGGAGGGAGCUUUCCGCUCUCUCGUCAACGUCACGAGGCUCGACCUGAGCCACAAUUACCUGCAGCGAGUGAGUCGCCACACGUUUGGCAACCUGUCACGCCUGGCACACCUGUAUCUCCAUGACAAUCUGAUCCGCACAAUAGAAAGCGGCGCGUUAGAGGGGCUCACCAUGCUGGCGACCUUGACCAUCCAUCAAAACCUCAUCAAAACCCUGGGCGGCAUCUCGGGCAUCCCUCUGGGGACGUCCCUGACGCUUGCCGACAACCCCUGGCCGUGCGACUGCCACCUGGUGGCCGAACUCCUCCGGUUCUGGGCGGCCAGGAACCGCGCCAUCGCCGACCGCGAGGUGGUGCGCUGCUUCUGGUACGAGGGUGGAGCGGAGGUCAUGCGAGGCCAAGAGGAGACAAACAGGACUGGCCAGCGUGGGGUCACUCGCGUGCCCCUGCCCACGCACCCUGGAGAGGUUCCAGACCCUGCAGGACACUACAGCCUCCUCCUGGCCGACAUGCAGUACGAUGUGCUGUGCAGCACCAGGCCGGUCGUCCUCCAUCGACCACUUGUCGCCUUCUUCGACGACCAGACACACGUGGCCGCCAUCGCCGCCAUGCUGGCUGUCGUGGCCGUCGUUGUGGUGGUCGGGACCCUGAUGGUGUGGCGGAGGCGGGAGGUGCAGGCGCUGGUGUACGUCAAGUUGGGCGUCAGACUGUGGGACAAUGUUACCUCACGCCUGGACCACGAGGAGGAUGGCGGGAGCGGCGGUCAUGGCCGCCAGUACGACGCCUUCGUGUCAUACAGUCACCUGGACGAAGACUUCGUGUCGCACGUGCUGGUGCCUCGCCUGGAGCAGACGACACAUCGCCGCUAUCGUCUGUGCGUCCACUACAGGGACUUCCCCGUAGGCGCCGCCAUUGCUGAUACUAUUAUAGAAAGCAUCGAGGCCAGCAAGCGCACGCUGCUGAUUCUGUCGGAGAACUUUCUGGACAGCGAAUGGUGUCUCUUCGAGUUCCGCACGGCCCUCCACCAUGUCCUGCAGAAGGACACUCACCGUCUGGUCGCCAUUUUGCUGACGGAGCUUCCUGCGCACCGCCUCGAUUCUGAUCUCAAGGUGGUGCUGAAGACCCGUACUUACCUGCGAGUAAGCGACCCCUGGUUCUGGGAAAAGCUCUACUUUGCCCUCCCUGACCUUCCGUCCGCUAACGACCCCGGACAAAGCACUGGAGACACGAGACCGGGCACUGGAAACGCCAGACGGGACACUGGAGACAUCAGGUUCACCGUUUUUCAGGCCAGGCCUGAUAACAGAUCUCUCCAGCACGACCUCCUCAUCGAGAGAGGUGACAAUAUCAUUGGUGACACAGGUGACAAUGACAAAGGUGACGCAGGUGACAACAACAUGUGUGAUGCAAGUGACAAAGACAUAGGUGACACAGGUAACAGUGACACAGGUGACGAAGACAGAUCGCCUGCUCACCAUCCUGCCAAAACUGUUUUCCACCAGCAGCACUUGUCGUCACUAUAGUGAAGGUGAAGGCCACGGUGUCCACAGCUCUUGUUGUACGUCACAUCCUCGAUUGUAUCACAGACAAGUACAGGUGGACAGCUGUCUGUCUCGGCGAGCCUAAACAAUGACUGUGGCUAAACCGGAAGCUUUGUACACACCAGCCUCGUUUUAGUAGUCAACUGAAAAAACAAUCGUCUGCAAGGAGUCCAGUAAUUCAAGUUCGUGGUUGCUCGGACUUAAGUCUGUUUCGUUACAACAGUUUUAUAGCGUCGUCAGCACAAUUUCAGGAAUUUUAAAGUAAAAUCGCUUUCACUCAUGUUAAACUGUCAGCAUAAUGUAAAAAUGGUGGUUCUCAUGGAAGAACAGCAAAAGUAAUUUUGUAAUACAUACUGUGAUCAGAACUCCUGAGAUUUCGUACUCAUGUCUACUCUGGCGAUAUAGGUUUGCUAGAGGCCAACCAUUGAAACCAUUCUUCGUGGUUUCAUCAGAAAGUCUCUUGUUUGCCUAUUAACACACUGAGUUCUGUCUGGAAGCAGAUUGUGAUAAGUAGGGUAGUUGCUGUUAAGACGGGUUUAGACAAUUUAAAACAGCACCGAGCUGUUCUUUCUCUGCAUGCGGCAUCUGUUGACAGGGCUAGCUGCCUGCAUGUGACAUCUAUUGACAGGGCUAGCUGCCUGCAUGUGACAUCUGUUGACAGGGCUAGCUGCCUGCAUGUGACAUCUGUUGACAGGGCUAGCUGCCUGCAUGUGACAUCUGUUGACAGAGCUAGCUGCCUGCAUGUGACAUCUGUUGACAGGGCUAGCUGCCUGCACAUUGACUGUCAGAAUGCAGUUUGUUACCCACCCCAUUCACAUCCCAAGCCCAGCAUCUUCCUACUCCACUGGGAGCUAGUGAAGCUACUUCUCUUCCGAGUUUGAUGAGAGAGAGUUCUGUCACAUUCUUACGAUGAGAAGAUGACAUAACUGCUAGCAAUGGCACCGAUUUGAAUGUAUAAAAUGUCUUUUUGUACAUAAUUAUCUAUGGACAUGUUUUAAUUAAUGUCAGACUGUUUUCCUUUUUUUACGUCUACUGUACAACAUCCAGUCUCUACUAUGUGACAUCUUAUUUUCCCUCUUUUGUUUGUAUUUAGUUCCAGAAGAAGAUAUUUUCAUACAGCAUGUCAGGUAAAUCCAUCCAGAAAAUUUGUUAUACAUAAUAUAGAUGUACACAUAUAUCACAAUUGUCUUAUGUCAACUAUAAUGUUGCUUCCACUACCACGACCACCACCAUGACUAUUGUCUAUUGGUCCGUCACCACUGAUACUACUCCAACUACAAUCACAGUCACAUUGUCUAUUCUGAUGACAUUUUUCUCAACAUGAGAACACAAUGAUCUCUUUGUUUUGAUACCAUAAGUUUUAUGAUGUUUACACUUACAUUUUUUUCUUUGUAAAGCGCUUUGACCUAACCUGUUCUGGUGGGAUAAAGCGCUGUCUAAAUCCACUUUAUUACUGUUAAGACUCCUUCGACUUUAGGAAGACAUGUACAACAGGUAAGACCAGGAUAACACAGUCCACAACUUGUGUUCCUUUGAUCCCUCUCUCAGGAAAUUUCUCGUUUUAAUGUUGUCCACAUCUCUGGACUUCUGGUGCAGGGAAGCUAACUCUGUUCUACUGUUUCUUGAGCAGUUACUUCCCAUGGUAUGUAUAUAUCUAUGUAUUAUAUCGGCAAUGCUGCACCUCUGUUUCUACUGUACCUCCUAGUCUACCAAUCCUUCUGUUUACUAUCAGAAACUUGUAGCUGAAAGUCUCUUUUGACAUCUCAGUGUCUGUGUACUGUACAACAUCUACAUCUACUGUACAUAUCAACGUCCACUAUAUAACAUCAUAUUCUCUCAUCUACAUCUGCUGCACAUCUCAAAGUCCAGCCUCCACUAUAUAUCAUAUUCUCUCACCUACAUCUACUGCACAUCUCAAAGUCCAGCCUCCACUAUAUAUCAUAUUCUCUCAUCUACAUCUGCUGUACAUCUCAACAUCCAGCCUCCACUAUAUAGCAUCGUAUUCUCUCCCCCUACUUCAUUUUUUCAUAUUUAGUUAUAGACAUAAAUAUUUCUAUGCAGUAUAUGUCAGCAAAAUCCAGCCAGUCUUUAUUUUUUUGAUUUGAGAUUCAGAAAUAAAUUUUAUUUGAUAAAGUAUAUGUCAAUCAAACCCAGCCA